CUGAGAGGACAGCAUGAAACCAAAUCAGCUUUUUCUGCUGCUUUUAAUUAGUGCAGAAACUGCAUUUGGAUCUAUGGAUGCAAAACCAAAGCCAGUUCUUAGAGGACCUCCACAGACCUGGCUGACUGAAGGAGACUCAGUGACUCUGAGCUGUGAGGUUACAGGCUCCACUACAGGCUGGAGAUUCCACUGGUACAAAACUGCCCCCUUCAGGCCUGAGUUGUUACAUGUGACUCAUGAAAGCAGAACAUAUUCAGUAGAGCUGCUCUCAGAUAGCAUCAGAGGAGCUGGAGGCUCCUACACUCUCAGCCCUGCUGCUCUUAGACACACAGGGGUUUAUGUGUGCAGAGCAGAGAGAGGAGAGCCAGCCUAUCACACAGAGUUCAGCCAACCUCAGCCUCUCUGGGUCACAGGUUUGUCUCUGGCUUCUGUGAGCAUCCAUUCAAAUUGGACCCAGAUCUUUACAUCUGAGCCUCUCUCCCUGAACUGUGGGGUUCAGGGCAACUCUACUGGAUGGAGACUGAGGUGGUUCACAGGCAGAGGAGGAGAAUCAAAGUGUCCCACUGACUGGAGAUCAGAAACAGGAUCCAGCUGCAGCAUCAGCUCAGCAUCUCCAUCAGACAGUGGAGUGUACUGGUGUCAGUCUGAGUCUGGAGAGCAGAGUAAUUCUGUCAACAUCACAGUGCACACCAUGGUUGAUAGGUACAGAAAUGGUUCCCCCUUGAGAUUUCUGAGUUGGAAUGUAAAGGGAGGGAAUAGUCCUGUGAAGAGAUCCAGAGUGCUUUCUCACCUGAAGCAGCAGAGGGUUGAUGUGGCUUUCCUUCAAGAGACCCAUCUGCGCAUUAAGGAUCAACUUAGACUUAAACCCCGAUGGGCUGAUGGUAAUGAGAUCCUGGAGAGUCCUGUCCAUCCUGUGACUGCGGGAGAUCCUCUGACUCUGCGCUGUAGAUAUCGCUAUCAGCCAUCAAACAUCAGUGCUGACUUCUAUAAAGAUGGGACACUCCUGCAGACCUCCACCACUGGAGAGAUGACCAUCCCUGCAGUCUCAAAGUCACAUGAAGGCCUCUAUAAGUGCAGCAACCCAGAGAGAGGAGAGUCACCAGAGAGCUGGGUCGCAGUCAAAGAUGCUGGGACCUCCAUGUUGGUGGUAGCAGUGGGUGUGGUGAUUGGACUGCUUGUUGCCUUUGCUCUGGUCAUUUUACUGGUCCUGCUAUAUCGCUCCCAAAAAGCAAAGGGUUCAGCUUCAGUGAUACCAAACCUUGGUCCACAGCAGAGCAACAGUCACAGUUCAACCUCACAGAAAAGAGUUUUAGGUGGUGCUGUGGCCGGAACUGAUGAUGCGGUCUAUGCAGAGAUUGAGUUGAGGGAUACAGACAACAACAAGGAAAAAGCCAAGAGAGGUGCAUCAAUGUCAGACCCUCUGUACUCCCUCCUGGGGCCAGUGAAGAGUCCAGCCAAGAGAGGUGCAGCAAUGUCAGACCCUCUGUACUCCCUCCUGGGGCCAGUGAAGAGUCCAGUAGUCUCAGAUGGAGGUGGGGAUGGAUCCAGUGAUGUGACGUAUGCCAAAGUUAACAAAUUUAAACACAAGAAACAAGAUUCAGGUGGACCCGUGGAUGUCACAUAUGCUGAUGUACAGAUUAAGAUCAAACCACUGGGCAGUAGAGCCAAGCCUGUGUACUCUGAAGAGGAACAUGUUUACUCUGCUGUCAAGCCUGGGUGCUCAUCAGUGCUGUGCCUGUACUCCUACUCUGGACAUGCUGCAGAUCCCACUAUACCUACAGCAGCUAUAGUGUCUCCUCAGCCUCCCUUCUAUCCUGGAGAUAAGGUCACUCUGAGGUGUGAUAUAGCAGAGUACACAGACUGGUAUUGGUAUACCUGGUACAGAGACGGAUAUUCCAUUCAAAAUGGGGGAAGUCGAGCCAUCAACAUUUCCCUCCCUGAUCGAGCUGGCCAGUACCAGUACACAUGUGAAGGGAGUAGAGGAAUGAGGCCAACAACUUCCCAGCAUAGUACUCCUGCCUCUAUCAUUGUAACAGCUUUUCCAGUGCCUACUCUGACAGUACAACCCAGCCAUGUGUUCACUGGAGAAACGGUCACUCUGACAUGUGCAAUACAGCCUUCAAUUGGCUGGACAUAUCAAUGGGAUAUUCUCGGGUCAAUCAGAACCUCUGAACCAAACAGCAACACCUACAUCAUCAACAGAGCCACUGUGUCUGAUCAGGGGGAGUAUUGGUGCUCAGGAGUGAGAGAGAGAAGCAGGAAAUCAUCACCUUUCAGCAACACUGUUCAGCUUAAAGUGGAAGAGCUGCCUUUGGCUACACUGACUGUAGAGCCCCAGAGUCCUGUGUUCACUGGAGAGAACGUCACUCUGAAGUGUGUGAUAGAGUCUCUCAGUGGCUGGACAUAUAAGUGGUAUAAGGGGUCCAGCAGAACCCCAGUGUCUGAGGGAAACACCUUCACCAUCAGAGGAGCUGCUGAGUCUCAUAAGGGCCAGUACUUCGUAGUCAGGGGGAGAGGGGAGACAGACCCACAUCAUCACAACCAAAGACCAACAGCAGCAGAACCAGAGGACCAAUCAGAGUUCAGAUCAGGACCAGAGUCAUUCUGCAGGAAGGGAGGGUUCUCACUCAGAGUAUAUGCCUCUGCAGAAGAAAGAUGUGAUUCCCUCAGACACUCGAGCAGAGGAAACAGAGUGCUGAUCUUGUGUCCCUACGCUGGACAUACAGCAGGGCAAGGGACUUCCAAAGCUGUACUGGUGCUGGAUCCUGACCAAACACAGUUCUACAGAGGAGAGUCCGUCACUCUCAGAUGCAGCAUAGAGGGACAGGACACGUCAGGGUGGAAGUUCUUCUGGCGUAGAGAUGAUAGAAAUUACCCACAACAAGGCUGGAGUGACAAGAAUGAAUACACAACACAGCUUCUGGAUGUGUCCCAUAGUGUUGACUACAUUUGCCACGGUGUCAAAGAUAAAGAAUACAGCGAAUGGAGUAAGAGAGUGAAACUGCAAGUGUCUGCCCUGCCCACUCCUACAGUGACCGUAGAGCCAGAGAGUUCUGUGUUUGUUGGAGAGAGAGUCACUCUGAAGUGUGAGAUACAGUCUGAGAGUGACUGGACAUAUAAGUGGUUUAAAGGCUCCAGCAGUGAUCAUCUCUCUCAGCCUGACACCAGCACACUGAGCAUCACAGCAGCAGCCAAGUCUGAUGAGAGUCAUUACUGGUGUCAGGGAGAGAUGAGAGGCAGAGCUGUGUCUUCACUGAUGAGUGGAAGUCUUUAUGUUUUUGUUAAAGCUCUGCCCACAGCUGCAGUAACUGUAGAGUCUCCUGAGGGUCCAUACUACCCUGGAGAUGAGGUCACUCUGAGGUGUGACAUAGCAGAGUACACAGACUGGUAUUGGUAUUACUGGCGCAGAGGUAAUGAUAACAUUCCCAAUCAGAAUAAACAAUCCAUCACCAUUGCCCACCCUGACCAAGCUGGCCAGUACCAGUACACAUGUGAAGGGAGUAGACAAAAUAGACCAAAAACUUCCCAGCAUAGUACUCCUGUCUCUGUCAGUGUAAGAGCUUUUCCAGUGCCUACUCUGACAGUACAACCCAGCCCUGUGUUCACUGGAGAAACAGUCACUCUGACAUGUGGAAUACAGCCCUCAAGUGGCUGGACAUAUCAGUGGAAUAUUCUCGGGUCAAUCAAACCCUCUGAGACAAACACCUACAUCAUCAGCAGAGCCACUGUGUCUGAUCAGGGGGAGUAUUGGUGCUAUGGAGUGAGAGAUAGAAGCAGGAAAUCAACAUAUUACAGCAGCACUGUUCAAUUUACAGUGAAUGCUCUGCCUUUGGCUACACUGACUGUAGAGCCCCAGAGUCCUGUGUUCACUGGAGAGAACGUCACUCUGAAGUGUGUGAUAGAGUCUCUCAGUGGCUGGAUAUAUAAGUGGUAUAAAGAGUCCAGCAGAACCCCAGUGUCUGAGGGAAACACCUUCACCAUCAGAGGAGCUGCUGAGUCUCAUAAGGGCCAGUACUGGUGUCAGGGGGAGAAGAGACACAGACCCACAUCAUCACAACCAAGCAGGAGAAUAACUCUUGAUGUCAAAGACUCAAAGCCCAAACUCACAUUAACUCCAGGCCAUCAGCUCCUCAAAGGAGACUCAGUGACUCUGAGAUGUGAGUUGGGUGUUUCCUCUGAUUUGGUGUUCUACUGGUACAGAAACACACAGACCUCUGAUCCUUUGAACCAGACUGAUGGAAACUCCUACAGUAUCAGCUCUGUUAAAGUGUCUGAUGGAGGACAGUACUGGUGCAGAGCUAGGAGAGGAGACCCAGUCUUCUAUACUCAAUAUAGUGAUGCAGCUGAGAUAAAGUUUACAGAUGCUGGGUCUUCUACGUUGGUGGUAGCAGUGGGUGUGGUGAUGGGACUGCUUGUUGCCUUUGCUCUGGUCAUUUUACUGGUCCUGCUGUAUCGCUCCAAGAAAGCAAAGGGUUCAGUUUCAGUGACGCCAAACCUUGGUCCACAGCAAAGCAACAGUCACAGUACAACCUCACAGAACAGAGUUUUUGGUGGUGCUGUGGCUGGAACCGGUGAUGUGGUCUAUGCCGAGAUUGAGCUGAAGGAUACAGACGAGAAAAAGAAAGAAGCCAAGAGACGUGCAACUAUGUCCAACACUCUGUACUCCCUCCUGAGGCCAGUGAAGAGUCCAGUCUCAGAUGGAGGUGGGGACAGGUCCAGUGAUGUGACGUAUGCCAAUGCUAAACCAAAGAAACACAAGAAACAAGAUUCAGCUGGCCCCAGUGAUGUCACAUAUGCUGAUGUACCGAUUAAGAUGAAACCACUGGGCAGUAGAGCGAACCAACCACAGGAACAUCUUUACUCUGCUGUCAAGCCUGGCUGUUCAUCAAGUAAGGAAUAAUGUGCCCCAAGCUUUCAAAACAGAUGGAAAGAUGGGUUGUGAUGGUUGCACAAAAGUACAGGGGAAAUGGCAAGCAAUCUGUGGAGUUUCUUGUACAUGUGUGAAGUUAAGAAAGUUUCUAGAAGUUAAUUUGGAAGAAUUUGUUUGGGAAAUCUUUCGGACUUACCCAAAUUGUUAGAUUGGGAACGUGUAAUGUUCCAACAGCAGCAAUUCACAUACUGUACAUCACAAAAACACACAUACAUUUCAAAAUAAGACAAAACACUGUGUAUACAAUGAUAUAGUCAUGGACAAAAUGUGUAAGGCCAUCUUAAUUUAUUAUUUUCUUCUUCUGAAUGCAGUAAUUGCAUUAGAAAUUAUUGAUAAAGAUGACGAUUAUGUGAGAUUGUGUUGUCCUCACAUCAGUCUAUGGUAAUAUCUUUUUUCAAUUGGCCAUUACACAGUAAACAUUUGAUCAUGCUGCAUUCUACUCUCUAACACCCUUACACAUCCACCAAUGAUUCACGUCAUGAUCAAGAGCCACACAUGAACAUAGUUUAAUCUGCUGGCAUUAAGUGGUUGUCUGUCUUGGGAAGGUGCAGUGAUUUGAUAUUGCUAGUAUUAUUACCCGACAUGUGCCUCUCUGAUUUUGAGCUGUAUUUUGUAAAAUAUCAAAAGAAAUUGUGUACAUCUGAACACAUUGUCUUUUGGUUUAGACAUUUUCUUUUAAAGCAUUUUAAUGUUUUAUUAAGCAUUUUCAACAUACUAUAUUUUUGUACUGUAUAUUGGAAAGCCAAAAAUUUAAUAGGCCCAGCUUGACUCUAUAGGUCAUCAUGCUAUUGUAACAUAGUGAUCCCUUACUGUAAUAAUAAUAAUAAUAAUAAUAAUAAUAAUAAUAUUUAUUUAUAUAGCACUUUUCAAGCAUUGAGCACAAAGUGCUUACAGACAAACAUGAAGAGCAUUUUUUCUAUGCACAAAGUGCAACAAAAGUGCUUCACACACAAGACCCAAACAAACAAAUAACAAAAAUGCCUAACGCAGCGGCGUCAUCGCCAGCGUAGCCUACCCGUCACACGUGAAACAUACAACAUGUGAAACAUUCAAGACGGAUAACAAACAAACAAACAAAAACAAAUAAUAAAAUAAAUAACUAAGACAUUUUAAAAAGAAAACUCAUGUUAACUUAGUCCAGUUGGUUGCAUCUAGUUAACCGGCUGAAUAGUCCAAGGGCAAUGAUGAAGGCGCACAGCUGUG